AGCCCAUUGUGCCUGGCUCCUGAAGAAGUCAAGAUAAAAAACAAUGCCUAGAGAUCGCAAGAAGAAAAAUCGUGUUUCACUUUGCAAGUUCUUGAAAUCUGAAGUUACACGAAGUUACUUCCUCCAACAAUAUGAGGAACGAUAUGAAUUCAAAAGAGAACAGAUAUACACUUUCAUGAAAAUUCCAAGAGAGGUUGAAAAGCUGAUUGGUUAUGGGUUCUUCCAGGUGGUGGACGCGUUCCUUUUCAUUUUCACGUUCUUGCCGCUGCGGUUUGUGCUCGCUGUCUGGGCGUUUCUAACGAGGCCGCUGCUGAUCGCCGUCGGGUUGAGAAGACAGCAGGGAGAUGGCCAUUGGCUGAAACCGUCCGAGAUUAUCGACAUGAUGAAAGGCCUGAUUAUCAUUAUCACGUGCUUCUUUUUGUCUUACAUCGACACGUCUAUGUUGUAUCACGUGGUGAAGAGCCAGUCGAUCAUCAAGCUGUACAUGUUCUACAACAUGCUGGAGGUGGGAGACAAGCUGAUGUCGUCGUUCGGCCAGGACACGCUGGACGCGCUUCACUGGACGGCCACGGAGCCGCGCAAGAAGAAGCGCCAGCACCUGGGCACGCUGCCGCACUUCUUCCUGGCCACCGUUUACGUCUUCCUGCACGGGAUCUUGAUUUUGUUUCAAACCACCGUGCUGAACGUAGCGAUCAACUCGAGCAACAAGGCCCUGCUGACGGUUAUGAUGUCCAACAACUUCGUCGAGCUGAAAGGUUCGGUGUUCAAGAAGUUCGAUCGGAACAAUCUCCUCCAGGUGGCCUGCAGCGACAUCCGCGAGCGCUUCCACUACUGUGUCCUCCUCCUGCUGGUCACCGUUCAGACCAUGAAGGAGUUUGGUUGGAAUGAGAACCAGCUGUGGGUGCUGCUGCCGGACUGCAUCCUUGUGCUGGUGGCCGAGCUGUUCGUGGACUGGGUGAAGCAUGCCUUCAUCACGCGAUUCAACGAGAUUCCCGUCGAAAUUUAUCGCGAGUACACGCUCACACUGGCGUACGACCUGAUAUCCAGCAAACAGAAAUACGCGUUCAGCGACCACUCGGACAUGGUGAGCCACCGGAUGGGCUUCAUCUCGCUGCCGCUGGCGGCGCUUACCGCGCGGAUCCUGCUGCAGUCGGUGCGGCUGACGGGCACCGGCGCCUGGCUCCUGGUGGCCGCCGCCUACCUCGCCCUCGCCACCUUCCGCGUGCUCAACACCAUCGUCAUCCUGGGCAAGGCGUGCGACCUGAUCGAGGCGGAGUCGGCGCCACCGCCGUCGACCGUGGCCAGCCCCGCCUCCGCCGCCGCCGCCGUCGCCGAGGUGCGCUCCCGCUGCGUGUCGGAGUGCGAUCCAGCCGCAGACAGCUCGCUCACGGAGCCAUACAACGUGUUCAGAGAGUUCUCGCCGCCGGCCACCGCCGCCACGGGCGAGGAGCCCGACUGCUCGUGCGCGCACGGAGACGGCCGGUGCGAGUCGCCGGCGGCGCCGACGCCAGUCAGCACGGUGGGCACGUGACGUCGCGCGCGCCAGGCCAGCGCCGGCGCGACCGCGGGGCUUU